AUGCUUUCAUGCCUUGGUUAUGUCAUUGGUCUUGGAAAUGUCUGGCGCUUUCCUUAUUUAGUUCAUAGAAACGGUGGAGGUGCUUUUUUCAUUCCAUACAUCAUCAUGCUGGUUUUUUGCGGUAUCCCCCUUGCAUACAUGGAAUUAGCAUAUGGACAAUAUGGUAGCCUCGGUCCAAUUACAGUGUGGAAAGCAGUACCAUUUUUCAAAGGUAUCUCUUUUCUCAUUCUUUGCCUGUAUCUUCUCUUUCUCUCCCUUAUCCCUUCCAAUAUGAUGAAGAUUAUCAAUUUUUUCUUUAGCUCAUCUCUCAGUAUCUUCUCAUUCUCUCCUUAUUUUUUGCCUUUGCUCUUUCUCAUUCUUUGCCUGUAUCUCAUUCUCUCCCUUAUCCCUUCCAAUAUGAUGAAGAUUAUCAAUUUUUUCUUCUCAUCUCUUUCUUUGCCUGUUCUCAUUUCAUUCUUUGCCUGUAUCAAUUUUUCUCUUUCUCAUUCUUUGCCUCUCUUCUCUCAUUCUUUGCCUGUAUCUUCUCUUUCUCUCCCUUAUCCCUUCCAAUAUGAUGAAGAUUAUCAAUUUUCUUCCACUUUAGCUCUUCUCUCAUUCUUUGCCUCUCUUCUCUCAUUCUUUGCCUACCCUCUCCCUUAUCCCUUCCAAUAUGAUGAAGAUUAUCAAUUUUCUUCCACUUUAGCUCUUCUCUCAUUCUUUGCCUCUCUUCUCUCAUUCUUUCAUCUUUCUCUUGCCAAUAUGAUGUAUUUUCUUCUUUUCUUCUCUCAUUUCUUUGCCUGUAUCUUCUCUUUCUCUCCUUAUUCCAAUAUGAUGAAGAUUAUCAAUUUUCUUCCACUUUAG